AUGGGUAGAAAGGCUUUUUGCGUGCCAGCUUUGGUCACUUCUUUCAUUGCUUGGGUUUUGUUAUUGCUUUGCACAAUCAGUACACCAACAACCUUUCACACCUCAAGCCCUUUCAACUUCGUUCAAGCUACUCAAUUGGGCAACAUUACAGAUGUUACUGGAACGGGCGCAAGUCCUGAUCGUCUAUUGACAGGUUUGAAAUUGGGAAGUUGGGGUUACUGUACCGAAGGAGUGAUCGAUAAAGGUUACAAAUAUUGUUCAAAUAAUCAACAUGGAUACAAUAUCACCUUUAAAAGUGCACAAGAUAACUCACAAGCUGCUUAUCAAACUACACAGAUUAAAUCAAGUUGGACUCGUGGUUUGGUGGUCGUUGUUGUCGCAUUUGUGUUCGCAGUGAUCGGAUUCAUCUUAUCGUUCAUUCCUCAUUUGAUGGUCAUGUUGGUUGCUUCCAUUGUGCACUUCCUCGCUUUCAUUUUGGCAUUGAUCGCUUUUGCCAUUCAAAUCGCAUUGUACAUCUAUACUCGUAACAAGCUUAACCAAAUCACAAGCGGAAUCAGCGUCGUUCCUGGACCGGCAUUCUAUCUCACUUUGAUCUCUUUGCCUUUGCUAUUCUUUAGCGCUCUUACCGUUUGUUGCGGUUGGCGCAAAGAGAAGAGAGGCGAUAGUUAUCCUGCUGCAUAUGAUAAUUCUUAUGGGGGUGGUGGUAUCGGCAGCAAGUUCAGUAGCUUCAAGAACCGAUUCAGUCGUAACAAGGAUGUCAGCGGUGAUGGAUCGGAAAAGAUUCCAAUGCAAACCAGUAGACAACGUGUUUUGGAUGCGUACAAAUCCGAUGCAUAA